UAUUUGUAGCAUGUAGAGUUCAAUAAAAAGUAGAGCCCUGUCUUUAUUAGACAUAUUAAAUAAUGUGAGAAAAUUUAAAAGAAAAAGUCACUGACUAUAAUACAUUAUACAGUAUACAGUAUAAGCUCCCUUAUAAAUUCCUUAUCAGUAACUCAAUAUAACCUCACAGUUCUUCUUCACUCUUUCACUCCUCACACUCUGUGUUCUUUCUUUUGUCGAAAUCUUGUUCAAAUUGUUGUUUCCUUUUGUAUCUUUUCUGCUGCUAGUUGAGGUGGAAACUAGAAUGGCAAAGAAGCCAAGAAUUGUGAUAAUUGGAGCUGGGAUGGCCGGUCUUACUGCAGCUAACAAGCUCUAUACUUCCACUGGCUCCGACCAUUUGUUUGAGCUUGUUGUUGUUGAAGGUGGUGAUAGAAUUGGUGGCAGAAUCAACACUUCGGAGUUUUGUGGUGACAGAAUUGAGAUGGGUGCUACUUGGAUCCAUGGUAUAGGAGGCAGCCCGGUACAUCAAAUUGCUCGGGAAAUCCAUGCACUUGAGUCUGAUAAGCCAUGGGAGUGUAUGGAUGGGUUCUCGGGUGAGCCAAAGACUAUUGCUGAAGGUGGGUUCGAGCUAAAUGCCUCCAUCGUUGACCCCAUAUCCACCCUUUUCAAAAACCUGAUGGAUUUCGCUCAAGGGAAGCUGACUGAAGACAGUGCAGGCAGCGGAGGAGAUGCUUGUUACUACAAUUUUGCAGCUAAAGCAGCCUUGAAAGAUUGUACGAGCAAUGGUGGCUUUGGUAACCAGAGUGUCGGUGCGUUUCUUAGACGAGGCCUUGGUGCUUACUGGGAUUCUUGCAAGGACCGUGGGGAGCUGAACGGAUAUGGUAAAUGGAGCAGAAAAUUGCUUGAAGAAGCCGUUUUUGCCAUGCAUGAAAACACCCAGAGAACUUAUACUUCUGCCGGUGAUCUGUUCAAUCUAGAUUACGAGGCAGAAAGCGAGUACCGUAUGUUUCCUGGUGAAGAAAUCACCAUUUCUAAAGGCUAUUUGAGCAUAAUUGAACAUCUUGCAUCUGUUCUUCCUCCUGGCGUAAUCCAAUUAGGCCGCAAAGUCACAAGAAUCGAAUGGCAACCUGAGGGUCAUAAAUCUAUACUAGUUCCAAACGGCUAUGAUUCCAGACCAGUGAAGAUUGAGUUUUGUGAUGGAUCUUUUAUGUUAGCAGAUCAUGUGAUAGUCACAGUUUCAUUAGGGGUCUUAAAAUCUGGAACUGGUCAAGAUUCAGGCAUGUUCAAUCCUCCCCUUCCUCCUUUCAAGACGGAGGCUAUAUCAAGACUUGGAUAUGGUGUUGUUAACAAGCUGUUCCUUCAAUGGAGUCCAAAUGGUAAUCGACCCGCCAAUGAUAAAGAGAAGUUCCCUUCCUUGCAAAUUGUUUUCCAUACCCCAGAAUCCGAGUUAAGGCAUGAAAAGAUCCCAGGGUGGAUGAGGAGGACAGCUUCACUGUCUCCUAUUUAUAACAAUUCAAGCGUCCUCCUAUCCUGGUUUGCAGGUAAAGAAGCACUUGAGCUUGAAACACUUAGCGAUGAAGAGAUUAUAAAUGGAGUUUCAGCAACAGUAUCUGGUUUAUUACCAGUAUCAAAACACAAGAAGGAAGACAAGUAUAAUUCCCCUGAAUUCUGCAAUGGGAAUGUGGAGAGCUGUGAUGACAAUGGAGUGAGAUUUGGUAAGGUUUUGAAGAGCAAAUGGGGCAGUGAUCCAUUAUUCUUGGGAUCUUACAGCUACGUGGCUGUUGGAUCAAGCGGUGCUGAUUUAGACACAAUGGCUGAACCCUUACCAAAGCUUGGGAGCACUGACUCAGACCACCAUCCGCUUCAAAUAUUGUUUGCUGGGGAGGCUACACACAGAACCCACUAUUCUACAACCCAUGGAGCUUAUUUCAGUGGUCUUAGGGAAGCCAAUAGGCUUCUCAAACAUUAUCGUUGUGUUGGGAUUUAGACUUAGCAAUUUAAUUUAUUUUUGAAAUACUCUAUUUUCCUAAAUCCUUCUCAUAUUCUAUCUAUAUAAAACCAUCUUUGUUUUCUCUUUCUUUAAAGUAAAGCGAAGAGUGAAUGAGAGCAAAAGAGAAAAGAGAAAAGAAAAAAAAGGGAGGGGGUUUAAUGGGAAGAUAUAGAUGGGGACAUUUUUAGAUGUAUGGCAUGAAUUAAAGAAGCUUCUUUCCAAUUUUCUA